AUGGGAAGCGGUGCAAGUGCUGAAGACAAAGAGUUAGCCAAGAAAUCAAAGGAGUUGGAGAAGCAGCUUCAAGAGGAUGCAGACAAGGAGUCCAAGACUGUCAAGCUUCUGCUGCUGGGUGCUGGUGAGUCUGGGAAGAGCACAAUAGUAAAGCAAAUGAAAAUUCUCCAUCAAGGUGGUUAUACCAAAGAAGAACAGCUAGAGUUCAGAGCAGUCAUCUAUGGCAACAUCCUUCAAUCCGCACUGGCUAUUGUCAGGGGAAUGGAGAUGUUGGACCUCAAAUUUGGAUCACCAGCUGGUUCGGAGGAUGCUCAGAAGCUGCAGAAUUUGUCAGACUCCAUCGAAGAGGGAACUAUGCCUCCAGAGUUGGCAGACGUCAUCAAGAGGCUGUGGAAGGAUUCUGGAAUUCAAGCUUCUUUUGAACGUGCGGCUGAGUACCAGCUCAAUGACUCAGCCGGCUACUACCUUGGAGAAAUGGAAAGAAUCUGUAAACCUGAUUAUCUUCCCACCGAGCAAGAUGUCCUUCGCUCUCGAGUCAAGACCACCGGUAUCAUCGAGGAACAGUUCUCCUGCAAAGAGUUGCACUUCAGAAUGUUCGAUGUUGGUGGACAGAGAUCAGAGAGAAAGAAGUGGAUCCACUGUUUCGAGGGGGUGACUUGCAUCAUUUUCUGUGGUGCCCUCAGUGCUUAUGACAUGGUGCUUGUGGAAGAUGAUGAAGUGAACCGCAUGCACGAGAGUCUCCACCUGUUCAAUAGUAUCUGCAACCACCGAUUCUUCGCCACUACAUCUAUUGUGCUUUUCCUGAACAAGAAAGACCUAUUUCUGGAGAAAAUUAAGAAGGUCCAUCUCAGCAUCUGCUUUCCUGAUUAUGAUGGUCCAAACACCUAUGAGGAUGCCAGUAAUUACAUUAAGCAGCAAUUUGAGGACCUGAAUAUGAAGAAGGGUGUGAAAGAGAUCUACAGCCACAUGACCUGUGCCACAGACACAGAGAACGUCCAGAUUGUGUUCAAUGCUGUGACAGACAUUAUCAUCAAAGAAAACCUAAAAGACUGCGGUCUGUUCUGA